GGAUUUCAAAGCAGGCCCCGCUCAGUGUGGGCCUCUCGUGUUCGGGUACAGAUAUCGUUCGGAGUUGACGCCGCCGCCGCCGCAGCGUACGACGCGUGUGCAACACCAGUCCGUCGCGGUCGCCGCCACGACUUACGCGCCCGCUGAACGCGCAAGUGUGUGACGUUACGCUGACCCGCCGCCCGAGCGAAGACAGCCAGUGCGGACGCCGCCGCGACACCCUGCACGCGACAACGGUAAUAUCAAUUCCGCCGAGCGAACGCGGAUCGCCCCGCCGGGUCUUCGUCACUCGCCGGCCGUUCGAGUAACAUGCGCGCCGCCGCCGGAACAGCCGCAGCAUCGCGACACGGACAGCAAUGAUCGUCCCGCCGUACCGCCGUUGCCCACCGUCACAAGGUCGUGCUCGUCAACUCGGCUACUGUACAAGCAAAAGACGUCAAUAGGAAUGACAUGAAAGUAAUUGUAUGUCAGUUUGGGGUACAGCCCCCAAGCGAUGGGAGAUAGCGUCGAUAACUACAUAAAUGCCACUGAAUCUGACAUCAUGAUUAAAAGACAAAUGAUUAGAGCCGAAUUUUAUAAUACUUACGAUGUGAUGACUGGAAUUAGAAUUGCAUCCACUUUAGGAGGAUUUUUUUUAAUGAUGGUCCUAUUAGUAUUGUACAAGAGUAAAUGUAAAACUCGAUCGCUUUCUGACCAACAUCUCGAAGCGGUCAUCAAAGCGGCUGUAGACCAAGAAGAACAACUUGCUGCUUUGGCUAAAAGAAGUUCUAGCUCUAGCUAUUGCUCUGGACAUGGUCUUUGUAGAUGUUCUCCGAGAUAUAGUAUGACUGAAAACAGUGUUGCUGAUUGCAAUAAUUGGAACCGUAAAUCUAAGGCCUACCUAUCUGAAACUCAAUAUCAUCCAUAUUCAACUUUAUCUCAAACCAGCAACAAGUUUAUGAAGUCAUCAGUAUUAGAAUACUCUUUCGAAGAGGACGAAGACGAUAAUAUGGAUAAUGAUGAUAUUGAGGACGUAUGUAGCAACAAUGGUUACCGGGUAGCUAAAUGGCUGGAAGUACCAUGUGACCAAAAGUGGAUUCCAAGAGGAAAUAGUGCCAUAACAGUCAGUAGCAACGAUACAAGUUAUUUGGAAGCUAGGGGAUCAUCGUUGAUUGUUGGACAGCCACCGUCUCCAUUGAACCACCCACCACCUGCCGGUUACCCACCGUGGGAGUUCUACUAUCCCAUCGACAUACAAGUGAUCCAGCCAACGCCGUGCAUGUCACCGAGCGGCGGCAGCCAGGAAAGUUUCUCGGACGUGCCCAGGCACACCGAACAGCUGUUGCCGGCCGCGUCCGAGCGGUUCCGGAAACCACCGCAGCCGCCGCGGAAGACGGUGUCGUCGUCGUCGUCCAUGGCGGCGCCCAUCGCCAGCAUCCGGACGUCGUGCAGCAGUUGCAGCGACGACGCCGCUUCCACCGCCACCACGGUCAACUCGUCCGUGUUCGUCGACGAGUGUUGCUGCGCGACCGCGUCGUCACCGCCACCGGCGCAUUCGUCGCAGACCCACGACAACGACUUCGACGACGGCGUGUCGUUAGCGUCACAGCUGACCACCGCCGAACCGGCAAAAGCAUCUUGUGCGAGGCGAUACUCACCGCCGCCGACCACUAACCGCGGUAACGGCACGUAUCGGAUCGACGGCGAUCGCGACGCGGCUAAAACAGUUGGAGGUGCCGCCGUGUCUGCGGUCAGAUCGUACCACGAUUUCAACCGCAGGCCGCAGCAACCGUCGACAGUCGGCCGAAACGUGAUCGUUGUCCAGGCGGACGUCAACCCCGUAGCCGACUCGAUCGUCAACGCCAACUCAUUAUCAGGGUCUUUACGCGCGCUUUACGACGCGUCUAAAGAAACAUUGUUCUAGUUUAAGGCUAAAAUACGUGUCGUGUAAUAUACGUGUUGUUCGGGAAUAUUGUCGUAUGUAUACUUUUAUGUAGGCAUAUAUUAUUGUUGUGUAUUGUAUAAAAUACUUGUGUGCAAGUAUACAUAUUAUAAUGUUUUAGUAAAUAUGUGUAUAAUAUAUUCUAUAUGCAUAUGAAAUCAGGGUCACCUAUACCAUUAAGCAUGCCUGCAGACAUCCACAGCAUCGGUCCUCGAUAAUAGUGGCGCGAAGCUAAGUAAAAAAUAAAAUAAAAUGGCGUAGCAAUCACGACCGGUGCGGCUAUUAUACACACCAAGCAACUCGUUAUCCGAAACAAAUGCUGUAGCGUCUUAUAAUAUUUCAUAAGGGCUAGAGGCCUAUAGAACGAACGGACUGAAUUGUUCCUAUGAGGUAUCAAUAGAUCGAGAAAGUCGUAUACUUUUAAUGAAACAUUCGAUGUGAUUGGUUGAGUAACGUUACACAAUUACGAAAAAAUGUUCAAAAUCAAUGAAUUCUUCAUUCGAUAUUAUUAUAACCAUCGCGUUCAACGUUGGCUGGCAGUGGUGGUAUCGAUGGUAUAAUCUCUUGUUCCAAAUCCUACCUAUGUUAGUCUAUAAGGUUUGGCUAUAAGGUUCAAACUAUAUUGAUAUUCAAAUAAAAAGAGUACUUCAUUAAUAAAUCUUGUAAAACAUUCUAGUGAGAAAAAAAUUUAAAAAUGUGAUUUAAUUUGGAAACUGAGUUAAUAAUUGUUUAAUCUGUAGAAAUAUAUCGAUUCGAUUUAAUAAUAAAAUAUUACACUAUUUAAAAUAUAUCAUAUUGAUGACGAUCCUAUAUAAAUUGAUUUAUACCUAUUUGUUUUCGCCUGAGAGUUUACUAAAUUUAGAUUAAUACAUUUCAAAAGAUCAGAUCAUUUACUUGGUUUCUGUUUUAUUUUAAAUUUUUAAAGGCUAUUAUUUUUAAGUUUAUUUUUUACACUGAGUCAACUAAGUGUUUUUAUCGGGUUAUACUUCAACUAUCGUCGAACUUUUAUUGACUGAUACCGUGUUGUUUUUCCAGUUAGCUGUCUAAAACGCCACCAUUGCCGCCGAUAAUCUGUCGUAUCGUUAUGAUUAAAUGCCACUCUGUUUUAUCAUUACCUACUACUGCUGGGUUAUUAAAAUAAAAUUUCGGAAAAGUCCGUCAUCUGGGUGUGAAACGUCGUUAUUAAUUAUCUGGUGGUACCCUAACACCUCGCCUUUUCGUACCACCUCCCACGAUAAAUCAUCUCGGGAUGAUAAUAAUAAUAUGAUAAUACAUGACACUCCGUAAUGACUAAAUAUUGUAUAAAGGCUAUUUGUGCAUUUUUUAAAUGUUAUUCUUGAACGGGAUCCACAUGCGAAUCUUGUAUAAAUGAAAAUAGCGAAUAGUGCCCGUGCAUCAUAUAAUAAUACCUAUAUAUAAGCAUGUAGACGAAUAGGAGUGUGUAUCUUAUGUGUGUUAUACGUAUAAUAUAUUAUUAUGACUUAUAGAAUACUACCAAAUUAUAUAUGUUAUAAAUUAUAGAAUAUCUAUGUUCGUCCCCGUCAAAAACUUUCAUAAAAUUAAUAUUUUCGACUGUGUUUGAAGUUCCGCGAUUGUUGUAUAAUCUGUAAAAUAUAUUUUGAUUUACCAAAAUGAUCGUUUAAGUAACGACUAAUACGUUAGUAAAAGUUUGGGUAGAAUUCGAUUGUGUACGGUGCUUAAUCACAAAAACUUUUUCAAAUAACACGAUUUCGUACGGUAAUUUAAUUUUAUUCGAGUGCGAUGUUGCCAAAUUUUACAAAGUAUACAGAAUACAGAUAUAAUACAAAUUCAAAAUAAAACAAAUCUAUAGAAUAACAAACAAUAAAUAAACAACAGCCAAUGCCAAAGUGUUCAUCCAACACUUGUACCAAUACUAAACAAGGUCCAUUAAGACACGUAUAUUUGUGUUCAAACAUGUGCUUAGUUUAACACAUUAUAUACAAUAUAUGUAUUUGUAUACAAUCAUUUAUAUUUUUAUUUAUAAUUUUUUUUUAAUAUUUAUUUGAACUACAAUGUUUAACUACAGCAUUAAGACCUACUGGGAAAAAUAAGCAACAAUUUAUUUUUACCCAUAAAACCCUCUAAUUCGAUUUUUUGAACUUUGACCUAUAAAAAAUAUUUCAACAGUGACAUUUAAAAAAUUGUAUGUUAAUUAUAAAUGUUACAACAUUAUUUAUUGAGUAGAUAACUAUAACAUAUAACAUAUUUUAUGUAUUACUUUUUUAUAUGUCAAAAUACACACUUCAAAAAAGGUAAAUCAUACGCAAAAUAGCACAAUCGGGUUCUAUCCAAAAAAUGUAUGUUUAUACGCGUGGAUGUGUUGAGCACACGAGAAUAUUAGAUUGAUAAAAUAUGGUUUUUUUUUUCUAGCAGCAUAAUGAUAUAAUAAGUUAAUUUAAAUUCCAUUCAGAAUAGGAAAUGCAAAUAUCGUAAAAUUCUCGUAUAAGGUAAAGGUAUACUUUUGUGUAAAUUUUAAGUAAAACCUUGUGUUUAAUUGUAUAAUAAAUAUUUUAUCGUAGUGUGUACCUACUUGAACCAAAAUUAUUUAAUUUAAUAUCUAUAUAAUGUGAGUUAGCUGCGUGUUACAAUUUAAAAUUUAAAAUUAAGCUAUUAUAUAAUGUGUCAAUGCUAGUACAUUCGACGUAACGAAUUUAGGUAGGUAGGUUAUAUUAUCUCUGGCCGAAUGAAGGAUAAUAAUAUUAUAAGUUAUAACCAAUUAAUUCUAAGCGGCCUAAUGUUUGUGUCAUUACUUAAUCACAAUAACAAUGGUAUGAUAUAGGUUCAAUAAUUUUUUGAAAACAAUGUUAUUAUUAAUUUUCAUUUGUUGUGUUUGUUACAUAAACUUAUCUAAAGUUCACACGUUACAUAUUAUUGUGUUGAGUACAGGGUAUUUUUUGAGACACGAAUUUAAGGUUUGCGAUGAAAAGGAAUUAACAUAAUAUGUUAGCUAACAUCAAUGUUAUGCUUGUUAUGAUUUGUAAAAUUUUUAUGAAUGUCGUCUCAAAUUAUCCAAGCAAAUACUCUUAAAUUAAUCUUAUCACAUAAUGCAAAUGCCUAAUUUGCAUGAAACAUUUUUUUAAAUGAAAAAAACUAUUUUUUAUUUGUACGAGAAUCUCUAUGUCUACCAAAAGGGCAUAUAUAAUAUGAAUUAUGAAUAAAAUAUAACGUUCUUAUUUGUUAAGUUUUUUUUAAAAAAAAUAUAACAUAAUAUAUUAAAAUAUUAUGAUGUACGUUCAUCUUGUAUAUGAAGAACCUAAAUGUGUUCGCGACGUGAAAAAAAGCGGUUAAGAUUUGUAUCACGAAUAUAUGAUUCGUUUUUUCGUUUUAAUUGUAUUAUAAUGUAUUACUGUAUAAUAUAUUGUCGUAUAAAUAUUAAAAAUUGUUUAUCAAACGUAUAAAAUGAUAAGACCCAUACAUAUUAUGUUCAUGAAUAUAGGUACUAGCUGGUGUGUUUUGAUCAGAAACUACGGGAAACCGUUUCAGUAAUCAUCCGUAGUACUGUUAAGUUUCGGUUGCUUUCUUAUUAUGUACGAGGGUCGUCACGUUUAAAUUGUGAGAUGUUAGUAAUGAAAUAAUUUUUAAAUUAUAUUUUAUAAUAAAUUUGUAUAAUUAUAUAUACGAUUUGUUGUGUUUCUAUUGAGUGUUAUAAUCAUGGUAAUAUUUUAGUUGUAUUCAAAAAUACUAAUAUGUGUGUAAACUAAAGCUUACCUGUACAAACCAUUUUGAAUAGUUCACAGUACUUAUAAAGUUUAUAAUUUACCCGUAGAAAUCGAUUCUGAUUGUUUUUGUAAAGAUGAACCGAAAAAUUAUUGUUAACCUUUGAAUAAUAAAAUAAAAUCAUGUACAACACAUAA